AUGUCAAAUGGUAUACGUGGUAAAAGUUUUAAUAAUAAAGAUGAAUAUUUGGAUCAUAUUAAAUGUCACAAAAAAUUUCCAGAACCAUACAUUAGAAAAUACAACAAUACAACAUUACCCAAAACACAAGUCCAAAAUGAAAAAGUACCUAUUAUCAAUAACUACCACAAAAAAAGGCGUCAAACCAAAAGCACAACAACACAAAGAACAAGUAAUAGCUAUUCAAACACUACCACAAACAAAGAAGCACAACACCAAGAACAUUGCCACAACAAACCAAAUGGCGCAAUAACAACACCAAAAAGAAAUCAAACAGAAGAAAAAAUAAUAAUUUUUUUAAAGAAUAGCUAUUACUUUUUUUUAAAUAUAAUAUAA